CUUCUUUCCUGGCCUCUGGGAAGGAAGGGCUGUGAGCAGAGGCAGAAGCAGCAACAGCAGCCCAAGGAUGGAAACCGCCGCCUGCUGAAAAUAUGCUGGUUCUUUUUGCAGGCGCCGGGCUGGGGUUGAGGAGGAAAGCCCCAAAAGGACGCGAGGAGGAGCUGAAGGCUCAUGUGACCCGCGGCUGAGGCGGGCAGAGGCUGCCCAGAAAUAGCCGCAGCUGCCUUGGUUCCUUGGAAGGGGAAGGAGGAGGAGAGCCAGCUCGCUCCUGCCGCCUGGGCUCCUCCAGAGGAUGCGAAGCCGCCCGACGCGCCUCCCCCCUCCUCUCGCAGAUGAUGGCAAUACGGGAGCUGAAAGUGUGUCUGCUGGGAGAUACUGGAGUUGGAAAAUCAAGUAUAGUUUGUCGAUUUGUUCAGGAUCAUUUUGACCACAAUAUUAGCCCCACUAUUGGUGCUUCUUUCAUGACUAAAACUGUGCCUUGUGGAAAUGAGCUUCAUAAAUUUCUGAUCUGGGAUACAGCAGGCCAAGAGCGAUUUCAUUCACUGGCACCAAUGUAUUACCGUGGAUCAGCAGCAGCUGUCAUAGUAUAUGAUAUCACCAAACAGGAUUCGUUUCAUACACUGAAGAAAUGGGUAAAGGAAUUAAAAGAACAUGGACCUGAAAACAUUGUAAUGGCCAUUGCUGGAAAUAAAUGUGAUCUUUCUGAUAUUAGGGAGGUACCUACGAAAGAUGCCAAAGAAUAUGCAGAAACUAUAGGUGCAAUUGUUGUUGAGACGAGUGCCAAAAAUGCAAUUAACAUUGAAGAACUUUUUCAAGGAAUCAGUCGACAGAUUCCACCUUUGGAAACUCAUGAAAAUGGUAACAGUGGAACAAUCAAACUUGGAAAGCAGACUACACAGAUGACUAGGCGAUGCUGUUAAAACCAACUUGAACUGGCUUGAUUUACUUGAAAAUAACAUGACAUGAUUUGCUUAUUUAUGGAGCGACAGAAUUCAGAAACUAAGUGACAAAAAUACUUUGUCUAAAAGCAGUAACAUCAAUAACUAUCAAUGGGAACAUUAGGAGAAAGUGCUUCAAUUUGGUUUUUCAAAGCUAAAAUGGACAAUUCACUUUAGCGAUGAACCUUGAUCUACUUUUUAAAGUAAUUUUUUAAACUAAUGUCUGUUUUAAAUAGGCAUUUUGUCUCAAAGUCACUCAUCAAGCAAAUGAUACACUUUAUAUAAAAAUCUUUUUCUUCUGUUUACAACACAUGUUUUAUAUUGAUCUUUAUGGAACUACAGUGUAUAGUAUUUUAACUAAGUGAAGGAUGUGUACGAUUUUUAUCUUUUUUUCUUACUAGUUGUGGCUUUAACAGCUUUGUUUUUAGAAAAAUAACUUUUUAUAGAUCAGACAGAGAUGUUUCCGUCCCAAAUAGAAAACCCUAGUAUUUUUUACAAAUAAUAAUAAAAUUCUGAUAAUUUUAGUUUGUAGCUUUUAUUUCUUCUGUAUUGGAAAAGAAGAACCACAGCAUUUUAAUAUACAUUAGGAACAUUUACAUGGAAGACAAUGAAAACGACAAAUGUUUUCAUUAACAUAAAGUUAUAAUAGCAAAAAUGACAACACAUACUGCAGCAGAGGCCAAAAAGGAUAAAAUAAGUACUUUUUAUAGAAUUCAUUUAAUACUUAUAUCCAUUUAAAACCCAUCUGGCAGGUAUAUGAUACUAUCUGGAUCUUUCAAUUGUUGUCUUUUUCUUUUCUAUGUGGCUUAAUAUGGUGAACUUUUAAUGCAAUUAAUAAUACUUACUUUCUUGCUCUAUCCAUUUCUGUUUGAAUGACAGGAUUGACAGAACAUUCAGUUGUAUUCGCAUGUGACCUUUUCCUAAGGGAGUUCUAAAACAGCUCGAAAAAUCCUAGCUUGGAUUCCGAGAUUGAUAUGUGUAUCUUUGCUAUUUUUUAUGCUACAGUUGCCUACAUUCCUUAAAUCCAAUCCAGAGGAUAAAUGAGUCCUCUGGAAGCCUGUGUGAUAGAGCACUAUGGGCUAUUUAGGAUGAAGAAAUGGAGGUUUCAGCAGGGCUUCCUUGCACAAGUAAAAGGGCCAUUCUGCCCAUUCCAGACAUUUCAAGCCAUUGUGCUGGCAUCUGAUACUGUUAAAAUAUCUGGAAGUAGACAAUCACUCUUAUGGCUUCAGGAAGAACAAUUUGUUUCCAAACCACAAAACAGAGUGGAAGUAACAACUUAGUAUUGGUGUUUGUGAAUUGCAAAUUAAUUCUGUAGUUUCACCACAAUUUUUGCUUGAACCUGUUGCAAGUAAUCAAGUAAAUAGCACUAACAUUAGUGUUGCACCUGUGAGUUGAAGCCAAUGGAUGUAGCAGAUUUAUGCACAACUUUGCUGGUCAUAAUUGUAGGUGAUAGGACUAGGAGAUACUGUACUGUUACCAAUUAAAAUAUUCCAAAAUGAGUUUGUAAAGCCAAUGCAUUUCCAGUUGGAAAUACAUAAAUACUUCAUGUUGGUAGUUUUUAUAACAUGAUCUCUGCCAGAUAAAUUGAGAACAGUUAGUUUUGUUGUUCUUGUAUUACCAUUAAAAUAACUAAAAGCUCACAAACUACUGUUUGCACAAUGAUAAAAUACUCCAUUUUGAACAGGUUAUAAAUGAAUUGUUUGUAAAUUUUAUUGCAUUUUUAAAAAAUGACCACAGGCUUAUUUUCACUGCAUACCACAUAAAUAGUUUUAAAACCUUAUGAUUGGGAAGCAACUGAAAAGGUUAUAUAAUUAUAAUUCAUUCAGCUGCUUGAGCGAGUAUGCUAAUAUUAAUGAAAAAUGCAAAGCUGUAUAGUCAGAUUUUCUUUUGUGGGCACCAGUCAAAGAAAAAAUACUUCUGUGUGGGAUUGAGAAGGGGAAGCCUUAUCAUGUUAUGUUAUCAUGUUAUGUUAUCGUGUUUUUGGCACUGUUCUGUAGACUAAAGGAAAGGAAUGUUAAAGGCACAUAUAAGUAGAAACAACAUUGUUUCUUAUUCAAUCAUAGGCGUUAUCUGUCCCCUGAAUAGAUGAUAUGCCAUGUGUCCUGUGACUAAAACUGUCCCUUUUGGAGUGAAGAUUGCCAAAUAACAAUAUAUGUUUCUCCCUUUCUUUUCCUAUUGCUAUUGCUAGUAUGAGAUAGCAAUUAUCUUUUUAUGCAUGGAGUUAGUGUGAAUCGUUUUCUGCCAUGGAAUAGCCUGUCAUACUUUGGUUUUCUUACUGGUAGCAAGACUGACAAAAGAAAUCAAUGAUAAGGAAAAUAGCAGCAAUUUAAACAGGGAAUAUUUUACUGAUGAGAAAUAAAAGGUUUAUGAGAUUGCCUUAGGGCUUGUAAUGUGCAAAUCCAAACUAGGAUAAAAAGGGUCCCGAUAAUAACCUUCAAAUGGAGACACAGCAAAACCUACCAUGGAAUACAGAUAGAAAAAGCAUGAUUUUACAAUUACAGUACAAUCCUGUGAAUCUUACGAAUAUUUGUUUAGAAAUACAUUCCAAUGUCUUUGAUGGCAGGCAUGCUUCGAUUUGGCAUCUCAAUGACUUUUAUGUUAAAUAUGUUACACAAUGUUGAUAGUCCACAAUGCCCUCCAGUUCUUAUAAGCAUGACAAUGUGUAAAAUAUAAGUUCUAACCUGGGUCUAAAUAACUGUAAGAAAAAUGUGCACCUAUCUGCCAUCUUUUAAUGUAUUACAGACUAGGUUAGGUUUAUUUUCAACCCUCAGUAAUAUGGUACAAUAUUGAUGGGAAGAACAAAAUUAAUACAUAACCAGUUGUAAGUUAGCUGCAUUAAUGUGCUUAAAUAACCAUUUAAAUCUUUUCUGAAACCUGCCAGAAUGGUGGCAGGAGGCUCUCUAGUAACAUGACCUUCUUUGAAACUCCAUUUUGCGAUAGUUAAGGGAGAAGAAACUGAUUUCUCAAUGCCUAAUUCACUUAUAUUAUUGAACUAUAUCUCUUUCAUAGUAGUCAGACUUUUCCAAUGUAGCAAAACUCAUGUCAUGCAUACCUGAGUAGUCUAAGACAGUUUUAGAGAAAUGAGGUGGUGCUGCAAGGGCUUAUGAUGUUUCAUAUCUAAGAAGCAGGUACACGAACACUUUUCUCUAGGCACUAAUCUAACACCUAUCUUUUCUGUAAACUAAAUUUGGUCUGGAAUCUCCUGUAGCAAUGACUGAUGAAAUUUGUACUUCAGAUUACACAAAUUACUCUCUCCUCUAGAGUGGAUAGAAGAAAUUAAGUUCUCUCUGGAAGUGGCUAGCAAUCAAUUUCUAGAUUUCAGAAAUGGGAAUUUGGGGGAAUUGUAAGCAGCACAUGGGGAUCUUUACACUAUAAUUAUAGCACUCUGAUUCUGAUUUAAUUCCCAUGACAACUCUCAUGGAGCUUGCAAUUUAGGGAGAGGUAUUUAAUAUUAGCCAGACUACUCCAGACCAAGAUGUAUUACGAUGUUACGGUGACAGUCAGAAAGGAAUCAUGACACCAUCACUGAAAGAGACUUUUGAGAAAAGGUAAAUUGGUUCUCCUGAUACUGGAUUUUUCUCAUGCUUGACACUGAGGAUAGUUACAUGGCUCUCGCAGUUUCUGUGAAGGUAACAACAUGCUGGGUGGCACCUUCAUGCAAGCCUCGUGCAAACCUAGUGUCAGUUCAGGACAUACGUGAUAGUCACUCAUAUCAUGUUAAAUUCAAUUAGGAUCCUAAGAGUGUAUAAAUGUUUAUGGAGGCAAUCCUGCAUGUGUUUAAGACCCAUUGAAAAGUUACAAGUCUUUACGACCCGGUAAUAAUUCAUAUUUGAAAUCAUUUGGGAAAAAUAAUUGCUUCAGGCAUAAAUCAAAAUACUGUUGUAUGUACAUAAAGUAAGACUUAAUAGUGGGGUUUGAUGGAAAAAGCAAAACUAUCUCCAUUCAUAGAUUUUCUUCUUGAAGAAAAAUGUUGGACAUUAACAUUUUUACCAUCCAUUUUCCUCCAAAUUUACUCUACAUGAGGACUGAAUGCCAGCAGAAAAUAUUCCUCUACCUGCUACAAUGGUGCAGGGCAUGAGCAUAUUUCACUUCCUUCUCAAUCAAUACAAAAUGUCUUGUGACAUAAUUUCCCCGCUGCUAGUUCCAUUCUGUUUGCUUAUGUAAAAACCAGAAAGAUCUGUUUUCGCCCUCAGAAGUGGCAGGGUUUUGGGGUACAGGCACCUGUAUUUUCUGUGUAGACAUAUACUAUAUCAAGUACAUAUUUUUGUAUUACAUGAUAAUUGUUUAAACCCAAAAUCAGUGUAAUGCUUUGUGCUCAGUACUAUCAGCUGGCAUUGAUUCAGCAAGGGCUUUGAAUGGGCUGGUCCCAUUGUUAGUUUUGUAUGGGAUGUUGUAAUCUGUUAAUAUUGUUUGUUCUAUGUUGUAGUUGUAUGGACACAAAUAAGAUUUCUGCUUCAGUCAGCUCUUAUUUAAUCUAUAAUGGCUAAUACUAAUAAACAUCCUUAACUUUUGUGA